AUGGAUACCAUCAAGAACGCUGCCAACUUCGUCGGUGACAAGGUCCAGGGCGCUACCGCCACUGCUUCCAAGGAGGCCAACAAGGACGUUGCCAAGGACUCCAACGCUGGCGUCGGCACUCGUCUCAACGCUGCCGGUGAUGCCAUCUCCGACAAGGUCUCCGAGAACAAGCACGACGCUAAGGCCGAGGCCCACAAGCAGGGUGCUACCCACUAA